CCGCGGGAAAUACUCGCUUCUUUUUGCCACAGGAAAAAGUCAUCUAUUGAACCUGCUGCAAUCUUUUCCUUGUUAAAUAAGCGUCAGUUCGGCAAAAUAAUAAACAAAAAGCACUUUAAAUUGUAGCUGAAGUGUCGCGGCACUUGCGCCCACAGAUUUUUGGGCGAAAACUGUGUAUUUUAGGACCUUAAUGUGUGUUUGAAAAUUUUGCAAAUUUCACCAUAAGAAACUGCGACGUCGAUAACGAACGAGGCGAUAGAAAAAACGCAUCGUGUCGAGUGUGCCACAGUCGGAGACUCCGGCCUUUAGGGGAGCACCCUUUUGGUAAUUUUAUAGGUUUUUAAUAAAGAAAAAUUUUGUUAUUGGGAAAAAAGUAGACUAUAAUUAUGUCGACUAAUGACUCCAAGGCGCCCUUGCGCCAAGUAAAACGGGUGCAGUUCGGUAUAUUGUCACCUGAUGAAAUCCGUCGAAUGUCCGUCACAGAAGGUGGCGUACAGUUUGCUGAGACAAUGGAAGGUGGCCGACCCAAAUUGGGUGGUCUAAUGGACCCACGUCAAGGUGUAAUCGAUCGAACGUCUCGUUGUCAAACUUGCGCUGGCAAUAUGACGGAGUGCCCCGGACAUUUUGGACAUAUCGACUUGUCUAAACCAGUUUUUCACAUUGGUUUUAUAACAAAGACUAUAAAGAUAUUGCGUUGUGUGUGCUUUUACUGCUCUAAAAUGUUAGUAUCGCCACAAAAUCCAAAAAUAAAGGAGAUUGUGAUGAAAUCGAAGGGACAGCCACGUAAGCGUCUGGCAUAUGUGUACGAUUUAUGUAAGGGUAAAACUGUGUGCGAGGGUGGAGAGGAUAUGGAUAUGGCAAAAGAUGGACAACAGGCGGAUCCCAAUAAAAAGCAAGGCCACGGUGGCUGUGGUCAUUAUCAACCAUCACUUAGACGUAGCGGGUUAGAGUUAACGGCUGAAUGGAAGCAUGUAAAUGAGGAUUCGCAGGAAAAGAAAAUUGUAGUUUCUGCAGAGCGUGUUUGGGAAAUACUGAAACACAUAACAGAUGAAGAAUGUUUCAUUCUGGGCAUGGAUCCCAAAUAUGCACGUCCCGAUUGGAUGAUUGUAACUGUGUUACCCGUUCCACCACUAUCGGUACGACCGGCAGUCGUUAUGUUUGGUGCAGCUAAGAAUCAGGACGAUUUAACACACAAGUUGGCUGAUAUUAUUAAAGCCAAUAAUGAAUUGAAGAAGAACGAGGGCACAGGCGCAGCAGCGCAUGUUAUUCAAGAGAAUAUAAAAAUGCUGCAAUUCCAUGUCGCAACGUUGGUGGACAACGACAUGCCUGGUAUGCCCCGUGCUAUGCAAAAAUCUGGAAAACCACUCAAAGCUCUUAAAGCGCGCUUGAAGGGCAAAGAAGGUCGUAUUCGUGGUAAUUUGAUGGGUAAGCGUGUCGACUUCUCGGCACGUACUGUCAUCACACCAGAUCCCAACUUGCGUAUUGACCAAGUCGGUGUGCCGCGUUCCAUUGCACAAAAUCUAACAUUUCCAGAACUGGUGACGCCUUUUAACAUCGAUCGUAUGCAGGAGCUAGUACGUCGAGGUAAUUCACAAUACCCUGGUGCAAAAUACAUUGUACGUGAUAACGGCGAACGUAUAGAUUUACGUUUCCAUCCCAAGCCAUCAGAUUUGCAUUUACAAUGUGGCUACAAAGUAGAAAGGCAUUUACGUGAUGACGAUUUGGUUAUUUUCAAUCGUCAGCCAACUUUGCAUAAAAUGAGUAUGAUGGGCCAUCGUGUAAAAGUAUUGCCCUGGUCUACAUUCCGUAUGAAUUUAUCCUGUACUUCACCUUACAAUGCUGAUUUUGACGGCGACGAAAUGAACUUGCAUGUACCACAAUCUAUGGAAACGCGCGCUGAGGUUGAAAAUAUUCAUAUUACCCCUCGUCAGAUUAUCACACCACAGGUUUUUAUAUUUUGA